AUGAGUAGUACUAUAUUUUAUCGUUGGAAGUCGCAACGUGAACCUUCCAGAAUCUUAUUUGAUGGGACUGGGCUAACAGUGUUUGAUCUUAAACGGGAAAUAAUUCAAGAGAACAAACUAGGCGAUGGUGUUGAUUUCCAAUUACGUAUAUACAAUCCUGACACCGACGAGGAAUACGACGAGGAUCAAACUGUGAUUGCACGUUCAAGCAGUAUCAUUGCAAGACGGUCGCCUGCUGCAGUGAAGAUCAAUAUGGGAGGUGGGAGCACUAGUAACAGAACUCCACAUAAGAUGAUUGGUAAUGCAGCUAGAUACGUGACAGGUAGACCUCGUGUAUUUAAUACAACCUCAAAACGUCCUGGUCCAAGUGCAAUGACAAAUAACAGUAAUAAUAAUAGUAGUAACACUGUGAGUGAGGAAGAUCGAAUUGCGAAUAUGUUUGCAAAUCAAGAAAAUCAAUGGGAACAAACACAACAAGAGAUGUCCAGUGCGACGCCUAUAUUUUUCAAGAACAAUUCACAUAAUAGUGGUAAUGCUGAUGAUGGCCCACCUCCGCCAGGGUAUAUGUGUUAUCGAUGUGGUUCCAGAGAUCAUUGGAUCAAGAAUUGUCCAACGAAUACCGAUCCUAAUUUUGAAGGGAAACGUAUUAGACGUACCACGGGUAUUCCAAAGAAGUUUUUAAAGAGCAUUGAGAUUGAUCCAGAGUCGAUAACACCGGAGGAGAUGGCACAGCGAAAGAUUAUGGUUACUGACGAAGGUAAGUUUGUUGUUCAAGUGGCAGAUGAACAUUCAUGGGAGGAUUACCAAAGGAAACAACAACAUCGAACUAUGAACUCAAAGGAUGCGAUCUGGGAGAAGGAUCAUUUCAAGGAUUUACCAGAGGAAUUGAAGUGUCCGUUGACGCAAGGGUUAUUAAGAGAUCCUGUACGGACAUCGAAAUGUUGUAAUAAGGCUGUUUCGAGAGUGGCAAUGGAGGAUUCGUUAUUAGAGAAUGAUUUCAUAUGUCCAUUGUGCCACAGCGAAGAUACGUUAUUGGAUUCGUUGAUCAAGGAUGAAGAGACGCAAGAGAAAGUUGAUAAAUAUCUAGAGACGAACAACAGUAAGGAUAGUGAUAACGACAACAGUACUGAGAAUACCACUACUACACAUAUUGACAAGAAAUUAAAACCAAUGAUGCCACCACCAAUGAUGCCUUUCCCUAUGUUCCCGCCAUUUAUGCCACCUGGACCAUUCCCCAAAUAA